GGGGACCGGCGCGGCGGGGACCGGCUCGGCACGGAGCGGCACGGAGGGGAGCACGGCGGAGCGGCCGGGCCGCCCUGCGGAGGUGGGAGCAGCGGGAGCUCACCAUGGCCCUGGCAGACCCCGCGGGCUGUGCCAAAGGCGGCGAGGACAACAACCCCUUCCCUGACAUCAUUGAGCUGAACGUGGGCGGGCAGGUGUACAUCACCCGGCACCCCACGCUGGUCAGCGUGCCCGGCUCGCUGCUCUGGGAGAUGUUCACGCAGAAGAACGUGCGCUCGCUGGCCCGCGACAGCAAGGGCCGCUUCUUCGUGGAUCGCGACGGGUUCCUGUUCCGCUACAUCCUGGAUUACAUGCGGGACCGGCAGCUGGUGCUGCCCGAGCACUUCCCGGAGCGCAGCCGGCUGCAGCGGGAGGCCGAGUACUUCAUGCUGCCGGAGCUGGUGAAGCUGCUGGCGCCCAAGCUCAGUGAGCAGAACUCGCUGGGCGACGAUCCCUGCCAAAGCGACCCCGAGGAGCUGUCCCCCGGUGCGGACACCGCCCGCAGCCUGACCUCGGCCGCCGCCGCCCCGCCCAGCACCGCAUCCGCCGCUCCCGGCGCUGCCGCUGGUGCCGAGGGCCGCAGGGCGGGCUUUAUCACCAUCGGCUACCGCGGCUCCUACACGCUGGGCAGGGACAGCCAGACGGACGCCAAGUUCCGCAGGGUGGCCCGSAUCAUGGUGUGCGGCAAGACCUCGCUGGCCAAGGAGGUCUUUGGGGACACCUUGAACGAGAGCAGGGACCCGGACCGGCCCCCGGAGAGGUACACGUCCCGCUACUACCUCAAAUUCACCUUCCUGGAGCAAGCCUUUGACAAACUGGCCGAUGCCGGCUUCCACAUGGUGGCCUGCAACUCCACGGGCACCUGUGCCUUCGCCCACGAGCAGACGGACGACAGGAUCUGGACCUCUUACACCGAAUAUGUUUUCUAUCGUGAGUGACACCAAACCAACCCUCCGCCAACCGACCACCGACUGCCCCUUCCCCGUUCCCCGCUGGCUGUGGCCUAGAAGGUAGCGAUCCGUYCCCGAAUCCUGGCGUCCUCCCUUUGCCUCCUUUUCCGUUGAUCUUGGGUUGUUUUCCCUCCUCCUUGCUCCACGCCGAACCUGCCCAGCUCUUCCUCGCAGMUGCUGACCACCAACCUUCCUCCCUYUCUCCGACUGCUGUGGCCGCUCCCAACCCUCCCUGGACACGUGGACUCGGACACUGCGGUGGAGGUUGGGCUGGGAGGGGUCGGAUCCGCCGGGAGCUGCUCCAGGCUGGGGUUCCUGCGGCCGGAUGAGCUUGGACACUGGACUGGGCUCUGUGUCCCGUGCGGCUCCCCGGGAUUGUGCUGCACACGCUGUGCCCUGCCGAGGGUGUUGGGAGAGGAAUCGCUGGGAUAAAGGGGUGGAGAAGGUGGGAAACAGAGCCGGGGAGGGGGUGGGGGUUGCGAAGUCGCAGCCUGGUGGGAUUGGCAGGAGCCCUGUAAGCAGCUUAGCCUGAGGCUGGCAGCGCUUGCGAAGGGGAGAGGCUCCCCCUGCACCCGCAGCUCCGAGCUCAGGCAUCACCGCCGCUCCGGGAUGCCUUGGCGGGAAUUUUUUGGGRGAUUCUGGGAGGGUGGGAGGGUGCAG